AUGCAAGUUACCACGACAAAAUGCAUAUUUUUUCGACGUCUCAAAGACAUAUCUUCAGAUGUUUAUUUCUUUUUUAUCUAUCUAUCUAUCUAUCUAUCUAUCUAUCUAUCUAAAUAUGUGCGUGUAUUCGGUAGCCGGAUUUUUCUUUUCUUUCUUUCUUUCUUUCAUUCUUUCUUUCUUUCUUUCUUCGUUGCUCUGCCGCUUAUUAUUUAUAUCUUUCUUACAUGCUUUCUACUUCACUCCCUUCAAAUCUAUCUAUCUAUCUAUCUAUCUAUCUAUCUAUCUAUCUUAAUCUUUUCAUAUCUAUCUAUCUAUGAUAGUCUGUCCAGAUCUAUCUAUGACAGUGUGUUCAUUUCUAUCUAUGAUAUCUGUUCACAUCUAUCUAUCUAUCUAUCUAUCUAUCUAUCUAUCUUAAUCUUUUCAUAUCUAUCUAUCUAUGAUAGUCUGUCCAGAUCUAUCUAUGACAGUGUGUUCAUUUCUAUCUAUGAUAGUUUGUUCAGAUCUAUGAAUCUAUUUAUGGCAGUCUGUUCACAUCUAUCUAUCUAUCUAUCUAUCUAUCUAUCUAUCUAUCUAUCUCUCUUGGCCGCUUAUUAUUUAUAUCAUUCUUACAUGCUUUCUACUUCACUCCCUUCAAAUCUAUCUAUCUAUCUUAGUCUUUUCAUAUCUAUCUAUGAUAGUCUUUUCAAAAUCUAUCUAUCUAUCUAUCUAUCUAUUUAUCUAUCUAUCUAUCUAUCUAUCUUAGUCUUUUCAGCUCUAUCUAUCUAUCUAUCUAUCUAUCUAUCUAUCUAUCUUAGUGGAUCCUACCACAACACUAUCUAUCUAUCUAUCUAUCUAUCUAUCUAUCUAUCUAUCUAUCUAUCUAUCUAUCUUAGUCUGUUCAUAUCUAUCUAUGAUAGUCUUUUCAGAUCUAUCUAUCUAUCUAUCUAUCUAUCUAUCUAUCUUAGUCUGUUCAUAUCUAUCUAUGAUAGUCUUUUCAGAUCUAUCUAUCUAUCUAUCUAUCUAUCUAUCUAUCUAUCUAUCUAUCUAUCUCAGUCUUUUAAUAAGUAUAUAUGUCAAUCUCUUCAGCAAUAUCGCUAA